AUGGGGAACUUGCGCUUCUCGCUGUCCACCGUUGCCCACAUGAUACGGGUGCAUGACCAAAACAGAAGUGGGGCCAUCGACUUUGCUGAAUUCAAGAACCUCCAUGAGUUUCUGGUCUCCAUGCAGAACUCAUUCAAUUAUUUUGACAGGGACCGAGGGGGCACGCUGUCUCCAGAUGAGAUAUACCAGGCUGUUUCCCAUGCAGGUUUUCAUUUGGACCAACAUGCGUUUUACUCGAUGGUCCGAGCUUUUGACCCCGACAGAACUGGGCAGCUGGAAUUGGCAGAGUUCAUUGCGAUGACUCUGUUCCUCAAGAGCUGUGCAGCCACCUUUGGUGCCUACGACCCUCAGCGAACAGGACGGGUUCAGUUUGACUUCAACCAGUUCAUCUACGCUUGUGCAAAUGUUAGGUAA